UCUUCAUUACGUUAUGCUUAGCAGGACUCUCUCUCCCAGACACGGAUACACUCGUCUGGACCACACCUUGUUGUGCCGAGUAUAUUGACUGGCGCUCCACCUAUAAGUUCGUCGUGAUCACGCUUUCUCGGGGUUUUUGUGUCGAGUCCCUUUUUGAAACCUCGAGCCGGGAAGGGUUUUUGUAGAUCGAUCUGUGGAGAGUUCAUAUGUCCGCUCUGGAAACUUUUCGAGUAGGUUUCUGAGGGCUUGGGUGUAGUGUCUGCGUCAAUCUUUCUCUCCAUGCCUUUCUUGUCCACCUGCUCUCUCCCUUCUUCAUUUUUUUAAAAAAAAUUUAUCAUACAAUCUGGAAACCUUUCGCAGGGUUUGGAUCACAGAACGUUUAGGUGGUUUAACGAGUCGUUAUCUUCCGGAUUGAGAUUUGAGAGGUGCUACUUGUGUUUAUUGUCACAAAGGAGUUGGAACUGUUUCGUGGUUUAGGCAGCGGAUGAAGGGCUGAGCAUUUCAGUAGACGGAAUUCUUCUCAAGGUACAUUGUAGACGGUUUAAAUUUUUCUUCAUAUUCGCGGAGUUUUUCGUUGCUGCAGAUUUAAAUUCUCUUAGUGUCAGGUCAAUCAUCGAUAUGGUUAAGAAGGAGUUGGUGGGAAUCUAGACGACCUAUGUGAGUAUAUCGCAGGGCCGUGAGAGGUUUUGGUUGGUGGCUGCUUUGCCUUUCAGGCCCUGAAUUGACAAGAUAAAGGGGUUGGAAAGUGGUUUAGGAAGAGUUUUGGUUGCUAGACCACGAUUUCGGCGCAUUAGCAAGGACCUGCGCUUUUUUCCUGGUGGGGACAGCGACGGUUUUUCGUUUCGACUGCAGUAGUGAGUGGCACUGAUCGAUCAUGUGAGUGAAAAUUUGCUGAGAGAUGGCGAGAACAAACACAGCGUGCGAGUUGUGUGACGGCGUAGCGGCUUUGUAUUGCGAAGCAGAUGAGGCUCACAUUUGUUGGAUUUGCGAUGCCAAAGUUCACAGCGCCAACUUCCUGGUGGCCAGACAUACUCGGUCUGUUCUGUGUGGAACCUGUGGGACACAAACUUCGUGGAGAGCUUCAGGAGCCAACCCUACGCCUCUUCCUGGCGUUUGUGCAGAAUGUUCUCAGGGUGAGGCACAGGGUGAAUGCAUCACUCUCAACGAUGGAAAUGUGAUUGACACCGCGAGAGUCACGGCCGAGAGCUGCGAGAGUGCGGUUAUAUUCGAAACGGAAUUUUCGCAAGUUUCAUCUUGUGAAAGUAGUCAUUCCCAGCUCAGCAGCUAUGAUUCAGAAGGCGUUAUUGUAGACUGUGGGAGCGCUCAUGCGAGUGUGUCCUCAGGUAUCUCGAAGUCGCUGAAGAGGAAGAGGUCAUUGCACUCCCUCUUACCUGUGUCUGUUCCACAAAGCAAGCAGAUUGCGAUGAGGGUGUUGGAAGAUGUCAACAGCAGCGAUGCUCACAGACAGUGUAAAUGCGACAGCACCACUUCUUCAUCUUCAAGUACUGGAAGCAACUCCCGCGCCAAUCAGGAUUCCAGUUUUGAAGAAAGAGGUGACAAUAGAACUCAAUUUCCAGAGUUUGGCAACACCAACAGAGUUGUCACUAAUCAUUUACUUUCCUCAGCAAAGCGCCAGCGGAUGGAUGAUAGAGUACAGACGAUGUCAUCUUUCGCCCCCGCGCAGGAAUCAGCAGUUCUCUCUAUCUCUAGGUCAAUGAGAACGUUGGCAAAAUGGCAUUGGGAUUUGCACCUUAGCAGCCCUGGGACUGUUCCCCUCGCGUUGCGCAUGUUCUGUAAGGUGUCCCGCGCUUUGACUCCAACUCUCUUCUCCAACUCAGGCAGGCGCGUCGCACUGGCAGCGUGUCUCCGGUUGGCUGCGGUUUUAGACGAAGCCCAAAUUACCGUUCCGAAUUCUGGCAAAGUUGCAGCCUGCGCUGGAGUGUCUGCAAGAAGAUUGGCGAUGACAGAACUACAUUUACUUGCGCUGUUGGGAUCGAGAAGGCUUCCAGUGUGGGCUAGCUCUCGUACUUAAAAAAACCACCACGGCAUCUGGGAUAUAAAGCACACAUCUUCUGUGUGUGAUUGACAUGCUCAGUGCUCACCUGAAGCCAUGAGUGUCAGUGAAGUUUGAUUCCAAUUCCCCUUUGGGACGGGUAGCUAGAGUGCAAAGACGGGACUUUUGUCAGCCUUGCUCCACCGACCAUCAAAUUACAGGUUACAAGCUUCAGAUUUGUAAUCGCGCUAGAGGGUUACUCGUAGAAAUUAAUCACCACAUGAUGGAUCAUGUUAUUCAGAAUCCAUAAGGGGCGGCAUUGGUUGAGCAAUGUAGGUUUAGACCCAAUCUGGUCCGUGCUCUCCCUCUGGUUAAAGGAUCCUCGAAAUGAGGAUUAGUUCUGGCUUAAGGUACCGAGAACCAUAGAGAGGCUGGAAUCGUAUGGUACAGGUUACUGUAUAUAUGUUGCAUAUAACAUUCAACGGGUUCACUUUUCUGACA